CGCGGCGACAUCAACUAGUGACUAGGUGUCGAAUUUUACUCCGAAUUUUCCCAACUGUUCACGGAGCGGUUGCUGCGCGCGUCGUCUAAUAAAAUACCUAAUACUAAAAUAAAAAUAAAAUAAUUUGAACUCGGAGGAAGGCGGUUGCUCGAUGCUCUGUACAUAAUACAUAUGUAUAUGAUUGUUGUAUCUUAAACGUAGAACAGCCGCAUACAGAUACACACACGGACUAAUACUCAUAUAUUAACAUAUACUGCCACCACCCUCGUUGUCGUUGUCGUUGUCGUUGCCGUCGUUGUUUUUGCUGCUGCCUUCGUCGCUGCAGCACAGCCAAGUUAGAGAACAAGUGCGCCGCAGCCCUCCGCGCGUAUUUUUAAUUGCUUUAACAUGACGUCGUCUGGACUCAGAGCGGCGGCAGCGCUGCUGCUGCUCUGCGCCGCCACGUUUGCAGCUGCCGCAGAGCUGUCGGACAAAUUGCGCGAUGAUUCGGAGCUUUCUCAGAGCACUGCCAAAUCCUUCAGGCGCCUUAUGCCAGUUAGGUUCUACAGCCAAGUGGAGCAGAAUCCCAUUGCCAAUGCAACGCUGACGCUGCGCAGCUGCACGAUCUUCGUGCCCACCAAUGAGGCCUUCCAGCGCUACAAAGGGAGCAUCCAUGUGCUCUAUCACAUUACUACUGCGGCUUUCAGCAAAGAACAACUGCCAAAAUCUGUGUCAUCCGACAUGGACGGCAAUCCGCCGCUGUACAUCACAAAGAAUCGCAAUGGUGACAUCUACGUGAACAAUGCCCGGAUCAUUCCCUCGCUGAGCGUGGAGAUGACCAAUCGCGAGGGCAAGCGUCAGGUCAUGCACAUCAUUGACGAGGUGCUGCAGCCACUGUCCGUUCAGAAGAACGCCAAGGACAACAUCAACAAUCCGGAUGCGAUGCAAUUCCUGCAGAUGGCCGAGCAGCUCGAGCUGAAUGACUUCCACUUGCGCACCUAUCGCUCCCAAGUGACGCUGGCGAAGAAGGAGUCCGUCUACCAGUCGCCCGGAGCUCACACUUUUCUCAUUCCCAUCGACGAGAGCUUCAAGCUCUCGGCACGGAGUGGCCUGGUAGAUGCCAAGGUCAUUGAUGGCCAUGUGAUACCAAACACUGUCAUCUUCACUGCCGCCUCGCAGCACGAUGAUCCCAAGACAUCGGCUGCAUUCGAGGAUCUGCUCAAGGUUACCGUCAGCUUCUUCAAGCAAAAGGAUGGCAAGAUGUACGUAAAGUCCAAUACCAUUGUGGGCGACGCCAAGCAUCGAGAGGGCGUGGUUCUGGCCGAAAUUGUCAAGGCCAACAUACCAGUGCAGAACGGAGUCGUCCAUUUGAUUCACCGCCCGCUGAUGAUCAUCGAUACGACCGUCACCGAUUUCCUAAAGAAAAAUUUUGGGUGUAAUUCGUUCAAGGAGAACGGCGAGAACGGAGCUCUGAGAAAGUUCUACGAGGUCAUUAUGGACAACGGCGGCGAAGUGCUGGACGACAUCACCAACCUGUCAGAGGUCACAAUUCUGGCACCCAGCAAUGAUGCCUGGAAUGCAUCCUUAAUCGAAAAUCUUUUAAGAAACCGCAAGAAGAUGAGGGAAAUCCUGAACAUGCACAUUAUUCGGGACCGCUUGAAUGUGGAUAAGAUCAGGCAGAAGAAUGCCAAUAUGAUUGCUCAAGUGCCGACCGUCAACAACAACACGUUCCUGUACUUCAACGUCAAGGGCGAGGGCACCGAUGCCGUGAUCACCGUCGAGGGCGGUGGUGUCAAUGCCACUAUCAUACAGGCCGACGUUGCACAGACCAAUGGCUACGUACACAUUAUCGAUCGGGUCCUGGGCGUUCCACACACCACAGUUCUGGGCAAGCUGGAGUCCGAUCCCAUGAUGAGUGACACCUACAAGAUGGGCCAGUUCUCACACUUCAACGAUCAGCUGAACAACACUCAGCGCCGCUUCACCUACUUCGUGCCCCGGGACAAGGGCUGGCAGAAGACCGAGCUGGACUACCCAUCUGCCCACAAGAAGCUCUUCAUGCCUGACUUUUCCUAUCAUUCAAAGUCUAUUCUGGAACGCCAUCUGGCCAUUGCGGAUCAUGUGUUCACCAUGAAGGAUCUGGUGCAGUACUCUGAGCAGGCCGGCAACGUUGUUCUGCCCACAUUCCGCGACUCGCUCCAACUCAGAGUGGAAGAGGAGGCUGGACACCUACAUGAUGAGAAUGCUAGUCACGAAUGGACUGGCUAUGUGAUCAUCUGGAACUACAAGAAGAUCAAUGUCUAUCGGCCCGAUGUGGAGUGCACCAAUGGAAUCAUCCAUGUCAUUGACUAUCCGCUGCUGGAGGAGAAGGACGUGGUUGUGAGCGGAGGUAGCUAUCUGACAGAAUCAAGCAUUUGCAUCAUUUUGGCCAACCUCAUAAUGAUAACAGUAGCAAAGAUCUUGAACUAAACGCAUCCAAUAUGUAAAAAUCCAAAUCAAAAAGCAACCGCAAAAGCGAAUCAAACAACAACCGCAACACAUAGCAACCACCACAGUCGUCUACAAACACCUACCAAUCAGCCGAUCAAAUCCAAACCCCAAAAACAACAUUCAAAAUCAGACAAAUAUGAAAUAUAUAUGGAUAUAUUUAUAGCCAGCACUAGAUAUAUAUAUAUCCAUAUGAUAUCCACGUAUUGAAGAACAAGCAAUCAAAACUGUAUCUGUAUUAUAUGGGUCACAAGCCACAUGCCUCAUGCCCCCCACAUACAUACAUACAUACACAUUCAGACACACACGCAUGCAGAAAAACAAUCUGCUAGAUAGAUUUGCUUUAACAUAACAUGACAGCUUUCCUCUAAAGAUGAUGAUUGAUAAUGAGAAUGAAGAUGGAGAUGAAGAUGGAGAUACUCGUAAAGAUGAAACGAGAGACGAGAUGAAACCUUUACUUUUAAGUAUUAAACUGGAUACCCCUUCUAAGGCCUUAUGUAUUAUAUGAAAUAUAUAACCCAUUGUGUAACAUUUUAAUUUUAUGUUCGACAUAUACUGAUAGCUUACGUUCAUGUCUCUCUACGUUCAUCGGCUCGCUAAGUUUAACAUUUAACCAGCGUACAUACAUAUGUAUGUAUGUGUGCAUAUCUGUACGUAUCGUAUGGAUAGGAACCAUUGAAUAUCUGAUUUUGUUUAUGAUUUUAAGUGUACAUUUUAUUUGUGAAUUGCUUGUUUUAGUUAAUGGUCUUAUUUAUGAGUUAUCCUAAGUAGAAUGCGUAUCGUAUCGUAUCCCAUUCAUGUACAUGUCAACGCAGAAGCAAUAAGCGCAUCACAUACUCACACACUACUAAAUACACAUACACUUACAUUACCAUUACACACACACACACAUACAAGAACAUUGUAAAAUUCGAUAAAGUGUGAAAGAAAGAUAUUUGAAUAAUAAACUGAAAGUUUUUCAUUUGUAAA